AUGACAUCUAGUGAAAACAAGUUAAGUGUAUCCGCUGAUAUUUGUCCCCGGGAUUUUCGCCGUGGUAAGUACUGCUGUGCUGAGUUGAUACGGCUCAAAUUCCGGCCUGAAUCCAUUUCCUAUGGUUGUCCAGAUCAAGAGACUGAUCUUUACACUAAUGUUUUCUUGGAUGCUGAACGCAAUUGCAUCACUCACCAAUCCGGUGGACCUAAUUCAACAGCAGAUGAUAUGAAACCGUGCUCGCGGAUCAAGCCUCUUCUUCUUCUUCUGCUCCCUCUGCUGCUUCUCCACCACGCCGCCACCGUCGUUCUCUCCAAUGAUUCCAAAAGCAAAACCAGCUUCCGUGAGCGUGAAGCCUCCGAAGAUUCCCUCGGAUAUCCCGAAAUAGAUGAGGAUGCACUUAUGAAUUCGAAGUGUCCUAAGAAUUUGGAGCUCAGAUGGCAAACGGAGGUCAGUUCAAGCAUCUAUGCAAACCCCUUGAUUGCUGAUAUUAAUAGUGAUGGGAAGCUUGAGAUCGUGGUUCCCUCUUUUGUUCACUACCUCGAGGUUCUAGAAGGUGCUGAUGGGGACAAAAUGCCAGGCUGGCCUGCGUUCCACCAAUCAACUGUGCAUUCUAGUCCUCUUCUAUAUGAUAUUGACAAAGAUGGGGUGAGAGAAAUAGCUUUGGCAACCUACAAUGGUGAAGUGCUGUUUUUCAGGGUUUCGGGCUAUAUGAUGUCAGAUAAGCUGGAGGUCCCGCGUAGGAAGGUGCCAAAAAAGUGGUUUGUGGGCUUGGAUCCUGACCCAGUAGAUCGUUCUUACCCUGAUGUUCAUGAUGACCAACUUGUCCAGGAUGCUACUAUCAAGCAUUCUAUGUCUCAAAUGAAUGGAAGUAGUCAUGAAGCUAAAUCUUCAGCUGCCACAUCAACUGAAAACCACUUUGACACGACAAAAUUGUCUAAUCCUGAGCCAGAAAAGAAAAUAAAUGGAAGUCAAGUAGAUGAGAUUAAGGUGCCUAACCUUAAGCCAGAAAAGAAAACAAAUGGAAGCCAAGUAGAUGAGAGUAUUAAGUUGCCUAAUCUUGAGCCAGAAAAGAAAAUAAAUGGAAGUCAAGUGGAAGACAGUAUUAAGGUUCCUAAUCUUGAGCUAGAAAAGAAAAUGAAUGGAAGUCAAGUACAUGAGAGUAUUGAGGUGCCUAAUCUUGAGCCAGAAAAGAAAACAAAUGGAAGUCAAGUUCAUGAGAGUAUUAAGGUGCCAACAAAUGCUGAUAAUUCCUCUGUAAAUACUGGGUCUCUGGAAACUGUUCACGCAGAUAGUAAAACCAACACUGGGAGACGUUUGCUGGAGGAUAAGAAUUCCGAAGGAGCAGAGCAAGGUGGUUUUGAAUCCAAAGAUAAAGAGGGUAUUCAUGCUGCAACUGUAGAAAAUGAUGAAGGCCUGGAAGCAGAUGCUGAUUCAUCUUUUGAGUUAUUCCGUAAUAGUGAAGAGCUGGCUGAUGAGUAUAGCUAUGAUUAUGAUGAUUAUGUAGAUGAAACAAUGUGGGCUGAUGAAGAAUGGACUGAAGUAAGGCAUGAUAAAUUAGAGGAUUUUGUUAAUGUUGACUCUCACAUCUUGUGCACUCCUGUCAUUGCAGAUAUUGACAACGAUGGUGUUUCAGAAAUGAUUGUUGCUGUUUCUUAUUUCUUUGAUCACGAGUAUUAUGACAACGAGGAGCAUCGGAAAGAACUGGGUGAAAUUGACAUUGGAAAAUAUGUUGCUGGUGGUAUUGUUGUGUAUAAUCUGGAUACCAAACAAAUUAAAUGGACUGCUGAACUUGAUCUGAGUACAGAUACUUCAAACUUCCGAGCCUACAUAUAUUCUUCCCCAACUGUUGUAGAUUUGGAUGGUGAUGGGAAUCUUGACAUUCUUGUUGGAACUUCAUAUGGCCUGUUUUAUGUGUUGGAUCAUCAUGGUAAUGUUAGAGAGAAGUUUCCUCUUGAAAUGGCCGAGAUUCAAGGAUCUGUUGCUGCAGCUGAUGUUAAUGAUGAUGGGAAAAUUGAAUUAGUUACUGCUGAUACACAUGGAAAUGUUGCUGUAUGGACUCCAAAAGGAGAUUUAAUAUGGGAAAAACAUCUUAAGAGUCUUAUUCCGCAGUUACUAUCUCCAAGUGGCGAGGGAUGGUUGGUUGGGAUAGAAGACUAUUGGGUUUGA